AUGCAUCAGCCAACAAUAGAUCCCCUCUCGACCACAUGCGUGUGCAGCCUGCGAGACCCCGAGCUGAACCGUCGAGUCAAUGUCGCCAAAGACAAAGAUAAACACGAGGACCCGGCCUUGGCGGGCUUCCUUCCAGAAGGAGCGAGAGUCGGCGAUAACCACGAGUGCAGACCCGAGACAGCGGGGUGGACCUUGACGGCGGUCGCAAGAUCACUGAUACCGGCGCAUUCUGGCUGCGGCACAGACUUGAAUGGGGUGGGAAUGGACACCGACAUCUGCCAGAUUGGAUCCUGGCGAUGUGUUGAGGGCGGCCUCGUCGUCGUCGGCGCGGCCGGCUCCGCCAUGAUGAACUGCUGGGCCCAGACCCGGACCACGGACGUGUGGACGCUUGGUUCUGCCAUAGAUGCCUCCACGCUCGACCCAGGGAGUGUGCAAGCGGGAGACGUACACAGUCACAGGGCGACGGAGAUUGUCCUCCUCCAAACCCUCAUCCCCAAGGCCGUGUCCGACUCCCCUGCGGUGCUUGUCACCAGCAUCGCAGUGACGACGUGGGCAAUGACAACGUACCACUACCUCCACCGACGCGAGAAAUUCCAGGACCCGCUCAUCUUCGCCAUCGCUGGAGGAGGCGCUCUUGUUGGCAGGCUGGCCGGCCUCGAUGGAACGGGCGUGCUUCUCCGAAUCAUACCAUGUUGCGUCCUGGUCUCGUUGCUGUUGAGUGCGGCCUGGUCGCGACGGCUAGCGGGGAAGCCUCAUCGCCAGGUCGAUGAUGGGGUUAUGAGCUUGAAGGUGGGGGUUUUGGAUGCUAUGUAG